AGACCUUUUUCCAAUGCUCGGCAGGAUUGCUUUUUUCGUGAGUGUGGUAUAUGUGGUUCUUAAUACAUUGUUACUACGCUGGGCUGCUGAGGAGCUAGCAUUAAUAUUUUUUGACGACGAGGAGCACUUUAAUGAAACGUUGGCCGAACUACUGAAGCCUCGAUAUGUGGGCAGUCCUGGACAUUCCGAGGUUCGUGACUUUAUCGAGAAGGAACUGGAGCGUAUGGGCUUCUCUAUUCUGCGGAAUGACUUCUACGAGGGAGCUAAUUUCACCAAUUUGGCAGGCUUUUGGAAUAUGGAGGCAGAGCAAUUUAUGUUGCUAACCUGUCACUAUGACAGCAAAGAGCCAAAGGAUUGGGACAAGGAUGAUUUCCUCUCGGCCACCGAAGGCGCUGUUUCUUGUGCCAUUCUUUUAAAUAUUGCAAAAACUUUAGGUUUCUUUUUAACAGAGCAGCUGAACAAAAAAAGUGGCAUGGGUUUGGUUCUUAUCUUCUUCGAUGGCCAUAAUUCUUUGACGGAUAACGAUGAUGAAAAUGGACUCAUUGGUUCAAGGCGCUUUAUGGAAGAUGAUAUUAUACCUGUGGAGAACAUGGCUGUUGUGCUAACCCUUGGCUAUAUUGGUGCUCCGAAUCAAACUUACUUGAACUACUUUGAAGCUACCGAGGAUCUACACAAUCUGGUUGCUGAUAUAGAACUUGAGCUUCGAGAAUCUGGACAACUGACCGACUGCCAUUUGUUGUUCCAGAAGAAGAAACAAUAUGAAAAUGAUCUGCUUGACGAUCAUAUUAUAUUUCAUGAAAUGGGUGUGCCAGUAAUGCAUGUGGCUCCACAAGAAUUGCGAAAGGUCCUUUAUAAGGCAGCUGAUACUGCAGACAGCUUACACUAUCCUACCAUUCGUAAUACGAUAAAAAUAAUUCGCAGAUUCGUGCAUGAUUUUUUGGAACAAUGGGACUCCUACACGGCUAUUAAGGAUAAUUUUGUUUCUUAUCCUGAUUUAGAUUAUAAUUAA